AUGGCUCAAAAACGGACUGUGGAGCAAGAAUCUUUGGUGUGCCAAUGUAACGGACACGCACGACGGUGCCGCUUCAAUCUGGAAUUAUACAAACUUUCUGGACGUGUCUCAGGUGGUGUCUGUUAUAAUUGCCAACAUGACACUACAGGACGUUAUUGUCACUACUGCCGCGAGGGUUACUACAGGGACGCAACAAAAGCGCUUAAUCAUCGUAAAGUUUGCAAAAGAUGUGACUGUCAUCCCGUUGGCUCCACUGGUAAAACGUGUAAUCAUUUAAGCGGUCAAUGUCCAUGUAAGGAAGGUGUUACGGGCUUAACAUGCAACCGCUGCGUUAGAGGUUAUCAACAAACGCGUUCACAUGUGGCACCCUGCAUAAAAGUGCCCACAAACGCCAAUAUGAUACAAGCUGAGAGCGCAGGCAACGAGUACAGGGAACCCGAACAAGUCGAAGAAAUGAAAAAAUAUUGUGGCAAAUGCAAAGCGAGUCCGAAAAAAUUGAAUUUAAAUAAAUUUUGCAUGGAGGAUUAUGCAAUUCUAGCUAAAGUUAUCAAACAGGAUCGCGCCUCGCAGGAUGUCAGCACGGAGAAGUAUUCAAUUGAACGUCAAAACGAAAUUUUCAAAUACGAAAUCAACAUACAAACAAUAUUCAAACGAAAUGCCAUGUCCGGCACCACGAGUUCCCUGCUAGGCAGGGGGCACAUGAUAUGGCUGGGGCCGCGCAAGAGUGUCGAGUGUCAAUGUCCAAAAAUCAAAUUGAACAAAUCAUAUUUAAUACUUGGCCGAGAUGUGGAAGCUGCUCCGGGAUAUUUGGCCAUUGGCCCAAGUUCCGUGGUGUUAGAGUGGAAGGAUGAGUGGUCGUUGCGUAUGAAACGCUUUCAACGACGAGCGCGUAAAUGCAGUUGAAUCGAACCGGAAACGGAAUAUGUCAGAGCGGAUUUUAAUUUCAUUCACUUGAACCGAUAUAAAUUUUUGUAUAAUAUGUACAGUUUACUUAAAUUUUUGACCUUCUUCGGUAUUAUGCUGUAGUAGAACAAGGAAAAUUAUAUCGUAGAGAAAAUGUAGUUACUAAAUUAUGCUAUGUAUGCUAAAAGUUACAAAUCGGUUAUAUAUGUCCUUAAGUUAUGCAUGUAGAUUAGCGGAUUUAUAUUAAGUUUAUUUUAUUUAUUUAUAUAUUUAUUUAUUUUUUAUAUAUAUAUACAAAUAUGUCUAACAAUUUUAGCA